GUCAACCCAGUAACCAUGGAGAGGUCUACAGCUUCUGACACAGCCUCUGCAAAGCCUAAUCCUGCCCACCACAGUGCAGGGGCUGUUCAAAUGAGGAUCAAAAAUGCCAACAGUCACCAUGAUAGACUGAGCCAAAGCAAAUCUAUGAUUCUGUCUGAGAACAUGAAAGUCACUGAGCCUAUAAGUCGUCACAGAAGAAAUCACUCCCAGCACAACCUGACACUUGCAGACAUCAUUAGUACCCCGGACCACAUGGUAGUGGAGAAAGAAGGAUAUCUCCUAAAAGCUAAAAUAGCAGAUGGUGGCAAGAAACUAAGGAAAAACUGGUCCACAUCCUGGAUUGUUCUCACAGCUCGGAAAAUGGAAUUCUACAAAGAAUCCAAGCAGCCAGCUCUGGCCAACCUGAAACCAGGACAUAAACCUGAGUGUGUGGAUUUGUGUGGUGCUCGCAUUGAGUGGACCUCAGAGAAAUCCAGCAGAAAGAAUGUUUUUCAGAUCACAACAGUUUCAGGAAAUGAGUUCCUCCUCCAGUCGGAUAUCGACUUCCUCAUAUUGGAUUGGUUCCACGCUAUCAAAAAUGCAAUUGACAGAUUGUCAAAAGAACGGAGUUGUACACCGAGAAAUUUGGAGUUCAAGCUCAGAAGAUCCUCCAGCAUCGAAUUACUGAAUAGCUUAGACACUGAAUCCAAAGAUCCAAAGCCUGAACACAGAAAAUCUCUAAUUUUCAGGCUGAACUACAGUACCUCCGACACAAAUGACAGAAACCGAGUUAAAAGCAGAUUAAAGAAGUUCAUCUCCCGGAGACCCUCCUUGAAAACACUGCAAGAAAAGGGACUUAUUAAAGAUCAAAUUUUUGGCUCCCAUUUGCACGUGGUUUGUGAGCACGAGAAAUCUACAGUCCCCCAGUUUGUACAACUCUGUAUAAAUGCUGUUGAAAAACGAGGUCUAGAUGUUGAUGGAAUAUACAGAGUUAGCGGCAAUCUGGCAACAAUACAGAAGUUACGAUUUGUUGUCAAUCAGGAAGAGAAGCUGAAUUUGGAUGACAGCCAGUGGGAGGACAUCCACGUUGUCACCGGAGCACUCAAGAUGUUUUUCAGAGAGCUGCCUGAGCCGCUGUUCCCAUACUGCUUCUUUGAACAGUUUGUGGAGGCGAUAAAAAUCCAGGACAACGUCAGUCGGAUCAAAUCUGUAAGGAGUUUGGUAAAAAAACUCCCUAGACCAAACUAUGAGACAAUGAAAAUCCUCUUUGGACAUCUAAAGAAGAUAGCAGCCAAGGAAUCCGUGAAUCUUAUGUCAACACAAAGCUUAGGAAUUGUGUUUGGACCAACACUCCUUAGACCUGAAAAGGAGACAGGGAACAUGGCAGUCCACAUGCUGUACCAAAAUCAGAUAGUUGAACUUAUGUUGAGUGAGUACAGCAAGAUCUUCGGCUCUGAGGAAGACUGA